AUGGCGGAAUCGGUUCUGAUCGAGCAGCUACGGGCCAAGGUCGAGGCCCUCAGGUCGCCCAGGGGUGGGGGGAGGGGCGCCCGCGAUGCCGCAGACUCGUCCGCCGCGUCCACGACCAGCAAGGAUAGCGGCUGCAGGCUGAACAGCGCCCGCGGCCCUGCGCCGCCGUGGGAGCACGGCCAAGAGGUGGACUCCGCGAUCGUCGUGAACGUGGGCGGCGUCAACUACACCACCACGGUGGCGACCCUCAAAGCCGUCGAGUCGUCGUAUUUUUCGCUCAUGCUCAAUGGCCUGUGGGAGCCCGCGCGGACGAGGGGAGGGGACAUCUUUGUCGACAGGAAUGGAGAGCUGUUCGGCUAUGUGUUGGAGCAUCUGAGGGCCGAGUGCCACAGGGAACCAGACACUCUUCAGCUCCCAGACGACUUGGACACGCUCAAUGCCCUGCUCAGAGAGGCGGAAUUCUAUCGCUUGCCCACACUUGUUUCCAGACUGAAGAAACGAAAGCAGGAGAUGAUGGUUGUACUGGAUCAAAACGGUGCCAUGGCAGCCACCCUUGGUGGCUACGGAUCCAUGGAUCCAGUGCCUCGUGUGGAGUUGGACAUCGCAUACAGCACUAUCAGCAGUGCCCACUGCCAGUUCACAGAGGAGGCACUGCACAACUUGUCAACGCAGGUCAACAGUCAGAUUCUGUGGAAGGGCCGCAAUGGGUUCAAUGUGAAGGAUGUGAGCUCAAGGGUGCAUUUCAACCCCAACGACCCGAAGCUGCCGUACACCAUGACAUGCACUGCAGUACUGGUGCGAGAGAGGGGAAUGUUGCAGCGCACAGGCUGUGCAGUUUCUGCUGGCCACUGUGACAACUGCCAUUCAUCUGGUCUGGUGUCGAAUCCAGCGAACGGCUCGCUGCAGCAGGCCGCAGAUUCCAGACUGCGAUUGCAGCUGCUGGCUGCUCAGCAAGCGUCCAAUGCGAACCAACAAUGCCCUCUUGUGUCCUCUCAGUGUCUUGGGCGUAGACGCAGUAUGUCACUGAAUGACAUGUUGGACCAGUCUAUGAAUCCUCCUGUUGAAGCUCUUGGCGCAUCAGCAUCGCAAAACCCAGCAGCCAUAGGGCCCCAGGAAAGGUCGUCCUUCCUUCAGGGACGGACCCAGAAUGGCUGUCCUGGUGGGAUGGACUGGGACCCUUACUUUGAGGGCUACACUGGCGAAGUGCGGCGGAUCUUGGGCUUCACUCAAGCCCCUGGCUGCCAAGCGACCCCACCACGUCCUGUGGAUGCCAUGGAGGUCUGCAGCACAGCGGAAGUGGUGCAUGAAAGCAGCAAGAGAUGCCAAGGGGGGGGCAAGUUUGGGCAUGUGUUGGACUCCCCAGUUGCCCAGGAAAGUGGGGUUCUGUCGUCGAGGGGGAGAGGGGAUGUGCUGGUUGCAGGGAUACCAAAAAGGCAGCCAAGAUUGGGAACCCACCCAUGUUGUGAAGGCGUUGGCAUUGCUGCCCAUGGGCUUGACUCCUCCAGCGAUGUCUCUAUGGCUAGUGUUAAGCAGGAGGGGGCUGCAGACACGUUGGUCACAGAUCACCCUGCCGUUGCCAAGGAGGAGACUCUGGAUGGAAUUGAAAUCUGCUGGUCUGAGUCUUCUGACUCUGGAAGUCUAACCAGUGAAGCGAGUGUCUGUGAGCCACCGGCAACAACUUUGGCUGAAAGGCCUGUCAGUGAUGGGCAUGAUGAGAGCAGAGAGGCUGAUAGAGGGUUGGCAGGUGGCGCCCAGCACUCAGCUGCUUGCUGCAUUGAUGCUGUUCACUCUGGUGGCACUGGGGAUACGAUUCUGGGGAAAGGUGUGGAUGCGGGGGAGGGAAAUUUGCAAAGCAUGCCAGAGUCACUAAUCAGUGGGACGGAGGGCACAGCUGACGUUCCGCUGAAACGCACUUUGCAUGGACGUUCCAAUGUUAAGGAAAACAGAGGGCGUGGCCUAGAUGACACUGAAGUGUCAGCACCACAGGACAUGCCCAGGUCAGCGUGUGAACCUGCUAUGUACCAGCACCCAAACCCAGAUCGUGAAGCACAAAGGCAAAGGGUCCAACAGAGGUACAUGGAUGCCUAUGGAAAUGUGCUCUCCCCCCGCGAUUCAAGAGCACUCUCAGGCAGGGAUGUGCUUUCUCCCCGGGGUGUGAGAGUUCCAUCAGAUGGAAGUUCUUUUGGUCCCCCAUGCUCAAGGGUGCCCUCUAACAGAGGCCCGCUUUCUCCGCGUGAAGCUCGAGCUCCCUUGGAUGAUGGCGUCCUGUCUCCCCGUGCUUCAAGAAUUUCCAUGGGACGACACCUGGUGUCUCCCCGUGGUGCGAGAGCACCCUUGCAAGAGUCCGUUCUCUCUCCCCGCAGCUCCAGAGCUCCCUCAGAACGCAAUUGUUCCAUGGUUGGCCAGCUCCACACUCUGACAGAAGAGGGGACCGUUGGCCAGGAGGGUCCAAGCCAUGGUACCAUGCACAGAGGAGUGGGGUACCAGUCUGGGAGCAGCGCCCAGGGAGCAGCAGUUGCAGGGUGCGUCUCGAAUGCAUCCCAGGCGGGCCUGGCACAACAUCGCAGCAAAGUGGCGAAUGCAACCAGCCUGUCAAAGAGACUUCUUCCUUCUUCCAGGCGCAAACGCCAUGACAGCUCAAAGAAGGAGCGCAAGGCUGCGGAUCAGCCUGGUGCGGUACCAAAGUGUGGACCGCUGUUCGUGGGAGCUCACGAGACCAGCACUUUGCAGCCCACGCUGCAGAGAGACAAGGCCCACAGCAAGGCGAAGAUCCGGUCGCUCAUUCCCCUCCUCAACCUAGCGCCAAUCACAGGGGCGACAGGCAGGGAGGGAGCCCAGCUGCUGGGGCGCAGGCCAGACUUGGAGGGUGCCCACGCACAGGGGGGCCCGAUUGGAGGCAUGCCAAAGAGCGUUGCCACUGACGCCAUUCAGUCUGGACAGGUGAGGCCGGGCGCACUGGCGCCUGGUCUUCCCAGACGGGCUUCAAACACAGCACCGCAGCCUCUAAGCGGCCGUGGUCGGCGCCCAUCCAAGUUUGGAGGCGCAGGAUAA